AUGAACAAAACCGACAGAGAUGGAAAUAUGCCUCUUCCAUGUUCAUUCAUGGACAUUCACAUUUGUGGUGCCUGCAAGACUCAGUUCCACAAUGUGGAACUUUUUAUUGCCCACAAACAACAGAGUUGCCCUGUCCUUGUGGAGAUGCGGUCAGUUUCCUUUGGCCAACUUGCAACCACCAGUGAAGGUGUUGUUCCAACGACUAGCCCCAUUGUGACUGUGCCUGGUUCUUUGCCUCUGACCACAAUAACCACAAACUCUGUUGCAGCUGGUAUAGUGGCAUCAUCUUUGAACACAAACACUACAACAACAACAAUUUCUAAUCAGACUGUCAGCAGUAAUGUUCAGAUUAAUGGGUCUCAUCCUGGUGAGGAAGGAGAAAGCAGUGACAAUUUGCCACACCAGUUACACCUUCCGACUAAUGCCAGUGACGUUCAAACAGAACCAACUAAUCAGUUGUUGUCAACAAAACUUGAAUUGUCAUUUCUUGAGGAUUUUAAGAACAGGAAUAAUUUUAAAGAUUCUUUUCUCAUAUCAACUGCUUCAAACUGUCAUUCGGUGAUUGGACAUUCAAGACUGCAGAAUGCUGUACGCACAAUGAGUCAGAAUAUCCUAGAAGCAGACGAAGUUCAAAAUGAUGUUGGCCAAAUUUCUCAUAACCAGAAACCAAACCACAUUCCAGAAUUGACCAGCAGACCCUCUCAGACAAUGACCCCUGAACAGCUAAUGCAUACUCUUCAACUCACAAACAGUAAUAACCCUUCAGCUGAACAAGUAUUAGUGAAAUCUGUUCAGCAACAAGCAGACAUCACGGCUACUACGGCAGUUGCUCAGCAGUUCUUUACUGACCAAAUCAUGACCGAACCUCUGGACAAUCUGGCUGCCAUUGCCUCGGACACCUUGCAAAGUGGUCAGCAGGCACAACUGACCACCAACUUCCCUUUGCCUCAUAGUGAGAACCAGCAGAGUUUUAGUGAUGAAGCUAGCAGUGAAAUUGUUUCAUCGACUGCUUCUUCAUCUUCAUCUUCAUCUAUUUCUGUGAUGAAUGGACAAUCCGGGAACAACCAUAUGGAUAGUUUUCAGUUACGUAUGAUGACUGGUACAGAUACUGUACCUGUUCAAGUCCCGGCUGGGGGUUAUAUGGCCAUUGUGCAAGAGUUUGAUGUCUCUCCACCCCCAAACUCAAUGUUAACUGAAUGUGAAACGCUUCCAUCGUCACCACCACCACCACAGCCUCAAGAACAGCAGCAACCACCACCAGUACCACAUCAGCAACAGCACCAACUAUCUCAGGCAAGUGUUAUUGUCAGUGAGGAUGUAUCAAAUAAUUUAGACAAUGACACAGGAAGUAACAAUCCACAAAACAAGAAUAACCAGUUACGGCCCUCUACAAAUUUUGUCGCUUGCACCCAGGCAUCGGCAAAACAGACUACCAUUACUAAUGCAAGCAAACUGCCUUUAAAGAAUCGCCAGACACCAAACAAAAAGUUCAAAUGUACAUUUGAAGUGUGUGAAUUCCAGACUGCAUACUUGAAAGACCUUGAGCGCCAUACACGCACUCAUACUGGAGAGCGACCAUUCCAGUGUCAAGUUUGCCGAAAGUCUUUUAAUCGAAGUGACAAACUAAAGAUACAUCAAAGAGGACAUACGGGUAAUAAGCCUUACAGAUGUCAGAUAUGUUCUUACUCGUCAGCAGAUAGCAGUAGUCUUAAGAAACACUUACGAAUUCACACCAAUGAACGUCCAUUCAAGUGCCAGAUGUGUUCAUAUGCCAGCCGAAAUUCAAGUCAGCUAAUUGUUCACCUUCGAACACAUACAGGUGAUUCCCCAUUCCAGUGUCAACUCUGUGAUGCCAAAUUCAAGAUCAAUUCUGACCUUAAGCGUCAUGUGCGUACACAUACUGGAGAGAAACCUUUUAAGUGUGAUCUUUGUGAUUACAGGUGUUCUAUUAAAGCUAACCUGAAGAGUCACUAUCGGAUUAAUCACUCAACUGAGCACCAACUGCAGUGCGAUGUUUGUGGUUUUACAUCAUCAUCAAGAAAAACCUACAAAGAACACAUCAAAACUCAUGACACUGACCGUCCCAUCAAAUGUCACAUGUGUGCAUACCAAUGUUCCCGAAAGAGUGCCUUGCUCAACCAUUUGCGCACUCACAGUGAGGAGAGGCCAUUUCGCUGUGACUUCUGCACAUACACUUCGAAGCAGAGUAGCAAUGUGAAAACACACAUGAAGAAAAAACACUCUGAUAAACUGCGACAGAAAAAGAAAGCUGUGUCUCGUAAAGGUAUUGAGAUAGCUGACAAAGUUGUUGUAGUCAAUGAGGAGGUGAAUUGCCCAACACUUCCUGCAGCAACACCUUCCAGCAUAGAUAGCAUUAAUGGCGGACAGGUACGUAUAAAACCAAACUGUAAAAAGACAUAUAACUGCCAGCAGUGUGAUGCAUCAUUUGUGAGGCAGGAUUCCCUGCGCAGUCAUGUGCGUCAGCAUCGAGACAUUGAAAAAGCACUGCAGAGUACGGCAAUGGCUGUACUUCAACUCCAAAAUCCUGUCGGAUCCCUUAACCAGCAGAAUUCAAGUAACGACACUCCUGGCACCACAAAUCAGACAUCGUCACAGCAUACCCAAAAUGCAAGUGAAACCACUACUGAACAAUGUCUUGCUGCCACUGUACCGGCAGUCUCGACAUCAGAGACUGUGUCAAAGUCUGUGUCAAAUUCAGCCCCAUUAUUAUCAUGUACUUCCUCGAUUUCAUCUGCACCAAAUCCCAAAACCAGCAAAGACAAUCUAGCAUUCCAGCAGUCUCUUCUGAAUAUGAGUAAUGUUAAUGAUACACAGAUCUCCAACCAAGACCAUUCAUUAUCGAGUCGUUUAUCUCCACCAAAAAACAUUUUGCCCAGUUUGAAUCAACCAGUAAGUAUUACAACCAUACCUCCAAAUGACAUCUCAUGCUCACCACAAUCUGCUGAAAACAUUCAAAAUCUCAUAAGUAUUGCUCAUAACAACCCAAGCAUCAUCUCCAUGUCGAGAGACCCAAAUGACAACAAAGGGAUCAUCAUAUCACAAAAUAACAUAAUCAACUCCUCAGUGUCAAAUAGUCUAGAAACACAUACAAUCAAUCUCCCACAGCAAAAUCUAUCUCAAAUUGGGACACAACAGGAACAGAUCACAGACAGUAUAUCCCAGACACCUCAAUGCUUGCCUGGAAAUACAAUCAGCACUCCACUAUCCACAAUGGCCACUACAUCUCAGACGAAUGUUUCUCAGGUCCUCCCAUCAUCAGUUACCAGUCCUGGGGUUAGUGCUAGUGCCCAGAGUGUUGUCAAUGGUUUUUUGCUAAACAAUCAACCACAACAAGGCACCAUUGUGACGCCGCAGUUCCUUCCAAAUUCAACUGCACUGCAGUUAAUUUCAAACAUAUCUUUACCAUUUUUGCGAAUGCCUACUACGCAGCUCGGAACACAAACAGCUCAGAUUUUACCAAACCAAGUUUUGGGUCAGCAUCAAGAACCAAUCAGCAUCAUGAGUUCGCCUUUAAACCCGACACUGAGCACACACCACCAACACCAGCAAAAUCCGCCCGAGAUUCCAAUUCAGUUAAUUUCUCAGCGCAGCCAGCAACAAAACACCAUACCGAUCAAUGUCCAGAUCUCACAGAUUAAUAUAGAUGCUGCUACAACUGCCAUUCGAAAUGAGAUUCUUGAGCAGUGUACUUCUGGUGCCAUGUCAGCAUCUGUCCAGGUAAUCCUCCCACCCAACCUACAGCCUGCAGCCAUACCCCAAGUGUGCACUCUGGCUUCUGCAUCUACUUUGGACAAUACAGCAGCAAUCCCCACCUCGGCUACUGGUGAGAUCCUUGUUCAGGUGUCGAGUUGUGACCAGACGUCUCCAAGUACUUCAUGUCUUCCUCUGGACCAGUCUAACAGUUCUGUGACCAUUCCUUCAGCUGCUGCUUCACUCACUUCAUUGCCAGCUAAUUUAAUUCCGUACCCACUGAGUUGGUUCAUCAAAGAUCAAAAUGUUUUCCAGCAUGAUAUUUUCUAA